AUGACCCUGCAACCUGUGGAAGGAAGACCUCAAGCACUGAAAGUCAGACAAAACAGGAAGACAAAGAAAUAUGUUGCAGAUGAACAAGCAAGAAUAAGACCACAGCUUGCCAAAGAAAGGAUUGAGGGAUGCCAUAUUUGUACAUCUGUAACACCUGGAGAACCUCAAGUCUUCCUAGGCAAAGAUAAAGCUUUCACUUUUGAUUAUGUGUUUGACAUUGACUCCCAACAAGAGCAGAUCUACACUCAAUGCAUAGAAAAACUAAUUGAGGGCUGUUUCGAAGGAUAUAAUGCUACAGUUUUUGCCUAUGGACAAACUGGAGCUGGCAAAACAUACACAAUGGGAACAGGAUUUGAUGUUAACAUCAUUGAGGAAGAACAGGGUAUUAUUUCUCGUGCUGUUAAACAUCUUUUCAAGAGUAUUGAAGAAAAAAAGCACACUUCCAUUAAAAACGGACUUCCUCCUCCAGAUUUUAAAGUGAAUGCCCAGUUCUUAGAGCUAUAUAAUGAAGAGGUUCUUGACUUAUUUGAUACUACUCGUGAUAUUGAUGCAAAAACUAAAAAAUCAAAUAUAAAGAUUCAUGAAGAUUCAGCUGGAGGAAUUUAUACUGUGGGCGUCACAACACGUACAGUGAAUACAGAAUCCGAGAUGAUGCAGUGUUUGAAGCUGGGUGCUUUAUCUCGGACAACUGCUAGUACCCAAAUGAAUGUUCAGAGCUCUCGUUCACAUGCCAUUUUUACCAUUCACUUGUGUCAAACCAGAAUGUGUCCCCAAAUAGAUGCUGAAAGUGCAACUGAUAAUAAAGUGAUUUCUGAAUCAUCACAGAUGAAUGAAUUUGAAACUCUGACUGCAAAGUUCCAUUUUGUUGAUCUGGCAGGUUCAGAAAGACUGAAGCGUACUGGAGCUACAGGCGAGAGAGCAAAAGAAGGCAUUUCCAUCAACUGUGGACUUUUGGCACUUGGCAAUGUAAUAAGUGCAUUGGGAGACAAGAGCAAGAGGGCCACUCAUGUUCCCUAUAGAGAUUCUAAGCUGACAAGACUACUACAGGAUUCUCUUGGGGGCAAUAGCCAAACAAUCAUGAUAGCAUGUGUCAGCCCUUCAGACAGAGAUUUUAUGGAAACUUUAAAUACCCUGAAAUAUGCCAAUCGAGCUAGAAAUAUCAAGAACAAAGUGAUGGUCAAUCAGGACAGAGCUAGUCAGCAGAUCAAUGCACUCCGUAGUGAGAUCACACGACUUCAGAUGGAACUUAUGGAGUAUAAAACAGGCAAAAGAAUAAUUGACGAAGAGGGAGUGGAAAGCAUCAAUGACAUGUUUCAUGAGAAUGCAAUGCUACAGACUGAAAAUAACAACCUGCGUGUAAGAAUUAAAGCCAUGCAAGAGACAGUUGAUGCACUGAGGACCAGAAUCACACAGCUUGUUAGUGAUCAGGCCAACCAAGUUCUUGUCAGAGCAGGUGAAGGGAAUGAGGAGAUUAGUAAUAUGAUUCAUAACUAUAUUAAAGAAAUUGAAGAUCUCAGGGCAAAAUUAUUAGAAAGUGAAGCAGUGAAUGAGAAUCUUCGAAAAAACUUGACAAGAGCCACAUCAAGAUCACCAUAUUUCAGUGGAUCAUCAGCUUUCUCCCCUACUAUAGUAUCCUCAGAUAAAGAGACCAUUGAGAUUAUAGACCUAGCUAAGAAAGAUUUAGAGAAGCUGAAAAGAAAAGAAAAGAAGAAGAAAAAAAGGCUACAGAAACUUGAGGAAAGCAAUCGAGAAGAAAGAAGUGUGGCUGGUAAAGAGGAUAAUACAGACACUGACCAAGAGAAGAAAGAAGGAAAGAAUAUUUCAGAAAGAGAAAACAUUGAAUUAGAAGUUGAAGAAAGUCAAGAAGUGAGUGAUCAUGAAGAUGAGGAAGAGGAAGAGGAGGAGGAAGAAGAUGACAUUGAAGGGGGUGAAAGCUCUGAUGAAUCAGAUUCUGAAUCAGAUGAAAAAGCCAAUUAUCAAGCAGAUUUAGCAAACAUUACUUGUGAAAUUGCGAUCAAGCAAAAGCUGAUUGAUGAACUAGAAAAUAGCCAGAAAAGACUGCAGACGCUGAAAAAACAGUAUGAAGAGAAGCUAAUGAUGCUACAACAUAAAAUUCGGGACACACAGCUUGAAAGAGACCAAGUGCUUCAAAACUUAGGCUCAGUGGAAUCUUACUCAGAAGAAAAGGCAAAAAAAGUUAGGUCUGAAUAUGAAAAGAAACUACAAGCCAUGAAUAAAGAACUGCAGAGACUUCAGGCAGCUCAGAAAGAGCAUGCAAGGUUGCUUAAAAAUCAGUCCCAAUAUGAAAAACAAUUGAAGAAAUUACAACAGGAUGUGAUGGAAAUGAAGAAAACUAAGGUUCGCUUAAUGAAACAAAUGAAAGAAGAACAAGAAAAAGCCCGAUUGACAGAAUCUAGAAGAAACAGAGAGAUUGCUCAACUGAAAAAGGAUCAACGUAAAAGAGAUCAUCAACUUAGACUUCUAGAAGCCCAAAAAAGAAACCAAGAAGUGGUUCUUCGUCGCAAAACAGAAGAGGUUACAGCUCUUCGUCGGCAAGUAAGGCCCAUGUCAGAUAAAGUGGCUGGGAAAGUCACUCGGAAGUUGAGCUCAUCUGAUACUCCUGUUCAGGACACAGGUUCCAGUGCAGCUGCUGUAGAAACAGAUGCAUUAAGGGCUGGAGCCCAGCAAAAAAUGAGAAUUCCUGUGGCAAGAGUCCAGGCCUUACCUACACCCCCAGCAAAUGGAACCAGAAAAAAAUAUCAAAGGAAAGGAUUGACUGGCCGAGUGUUUACUUCUAGAACAGCUCGCAUGAAGUGGCAGCUUCUUGAACGCAGGAUCACAGACAUCAUCAUGCAGAAAAUGACUAUUUCCAAUAUGGAGUCUGAUAUGAAUAGGCUGCUCAAGCAACGGGAAGAACUCACAAAAAGACGAGAGAAACUUUCAAAGAGAAGGGAAAGGAUAGUCAAGGAGAAUGGAGAAGGAGAUAAAAAUGUGAUUAACAUCAAUGAAGAGAUGGAGUCAUUAACUGCUAAUAUAGAUUAUAUCAAUGAUAGUAUUUCUGAUUGUCAAGCCAAUAUCAUGCAGAUGGAAGAAGCAAAGGAAGAAGGAGAAAUAUUGGAUGUCACUGCAGUCAUUAACGCUUGCACACUUACAGAAGCCCGAUACCUUCUAGAUCACUUCCUGUCAAUGGGCAUCAAUAAGGGUCUUCAAGCUGCCCAGAAAGAGGCUCAAAUUAAAAUACUUGAAGGUCGGCUUAAACAAACUGAAAUAACCAGUGCUACACAAAACCAGCUCUUAUUCCAUAUGUUGAAAGAGAAAGCAGAAUUAAAUCCUGAGCUAGAUGCUUUACUAGGCCAUGCUUUACAAGAUCUAGAUAGCGUACCAUUAGAAAAUGUAGAGGACAGCACUGAUGAGGAUGUACCUUUAAACAGUCCAGGAUCAGAAGGAAGCUCACUGUCUUCAGACCUUAUGAAGCUUUGUGGUGAAGUGAAACCAAAAAGCAAGGCCCGAAGGAGAACCACCACUCAAAUGGAAUUGCUGUAUGCAGAUAGCAGUGAACUAGCUUCAGACACUAGUACAGGAGAUGCCUCCUUGCCUGGCCCUCUUACACCUGUUGCAGAAGGGCAAGAGAUUGGAAUGAAUACAGAGACAAGUACUUCUGCUAGGGAAAAAGAGCUCCCUCCCCCAUCUGGCUUCCCUUCUAAGAUAGGCAGCAUUUCCAGGCAGUCAUCCAUGUCAGAAAGAAAGCUACCAGAGCCUUCCCCUAUAACAAGGAGAAAGGCAUAUGAGAAAGCAGAAAAAUCAAAGGCAAAGGAACAAAAACACUCAGAUUCUGGAACCUCAGAGGCUAGUCUUUCACCUCCUCCUUCCCCACCAAGCCGGCCCCGUAAUGAGCUGAAUGUUUUUAAUCGUCUUACUGUUUCUCAGGGAAACACAUCAGUUCAGCAGGAUAAGUCUGAUGAAAGUGAUUCCUCUAUGUCGGAGGUACACAGAUCCUCCAGAAGGGGCAUAAUCAACCCGUUUCCCGCUUCAAAAGGAAUCAGAACUUCUCCACUUCAGUGUAUUCAUAUAGCUGAAGGGCAUACAAAAGCUGUGCUCUGUGUGGAUUCUACUGAUGAUCUUCUUUUCACUGGAUCAAAAGAUCGUACUUGUAAAGUAUGGAAUCUGGUGACUGGGCAGGAGAUAAUGUCACUGGGAGGUCAUCCCAACAAUGUAGUAUCUGUAAAAUAUUGUAAUUAUACAAGUUUGGUCUUCACUGUGUCAACAUCUUAUAUUAAGGUGUGGGAUAUCAGAGAUUCAGCAAAGUGUGUUCGAACGCUGACGUCUUCAGGUCAGGUUACUCUUGGAGAUGCUUGUUCUGCAAGUACUAGCCGAACAGUUGCUAUUCCUUCUGGGGAAAACCAGAUCAAUCAAAUUUCAUUAAACCCAACUGGGACUUUCCUCUAUGCAGCCUCUGGAAAUGCUGUCAGAAUGUGGGAUCUUAAAAGGUUUCAGUCCACAGGAAAGUUAACAGGACAUCUAGGCCCUGUUAUGUGUCUUACUGUAGAUCGGAUUUCUAAUGGACAAGAUCUAAUCAUCACUGGCUCCAAGGAUCAUUACAUCAAAAUGUUUGAUGUAACUGAAGGGGCCCUUGGAACUGUGAGUCCCACCCACAAUUUUGAGCCCCCUCAUUAUGAUGGCAUUGAAGCAUUAACCAUACAUGGGGAUAACCUAUUUAGUGGGUCCAGAGAUAAUGGAAUCAAGAAAUGGGAUUUAGCUCAAAAAGAUCUUCUACAGCAAGUUCCAAAUGCACAUAAGGAUUGGGUCUGUGCCCUGGCAGUGGUACCAGGCCACCCAGUUUUGCUCAGUGGCUGCAGAGGGGGCAUUUUGAAACUCUGGAACAUAGACACCUUUGUGCCUGUUGGAGAGAUGAAAGGCCAUGAGAGUCCUAUCAAUGCCAUAUGUGUUAAUUCCACCCACAUUUUUACUGCAGCUGAUGAUCGAACUGUAAGAAUUUGGAAGACUCGAAAUUUGCAAGAUGGUCAAAUCUCUGACACAGGAGAUUUGGGGGAAGAUAUUGCCAGUAAUUAAACAUGAGUGAAGAUA